AUGGCCCUGCGCAGCGUGCUCCGGCUGAGCGAGGCGGUCCGUGCAGCGCUGCAGGACGGCCGGCCGAUCGUCGCGCUCGAGUCGACCAUUAUUACACACGGCCUGCCGAAGCCGAUUAACUACGAAACGGCAGCGGCGGCCGAGGCGGCGGUGCGCAACGCGGGCGCCGAGCCGGCGACCAUUGCGCUUUUCGACGGCGCCGCGCAUGUGGGGCUGACGCAUGCGCAGCUCGAGCGCAUUGCCGAUAGCGAGGCAAACACGACAAUCAAAGCAAGCCGCGCAAAUAUUGCGGCAGUGCUCGCCAAGGGUAGGGGAUACGUCGGCGGGACGACGGUGAGCGGCACGAUGGCCUUGGCGCACCUCGCAGGCAUCCACGUAUUUGCGACCGGCGGCAUCGGCGGCGUGCACCGCGGGGGAGAGAACUCGAUGGAUGUCAGCGCAGACCUGACUGAGCUCGGGCGCACGCCUGUCGCCGUCUUUAGCUCGGGCGCCAAGUCGAUCCUCGACAUUCCGCGCACGCUCGAGUACCUCGAGACGCAGGGCGUGCCGGUGUUCUCGCUGAACCCCAGUGGCGAGUUUCCGUCGUUCUACACGGCCGCUUCGGGACACUAUGUGCCGAGCGUGUCGGGUGUCCAGGAAGCCGCACGGGCCAUUGCACUGAACCAGGCCCUGGGGCUGCAAAACGGUAUGCUGUUUGGCGUGCCAAUUCCCCCAGAGUUUGAGGAGGAGGGCAGGGUGAUCCAGCAGGCGGUCGAAGUCGCCGUAAAGGAGAGCGUCGAGCAGGGCAUCGACCGUCAAGGAAAACUCGCGACGCCUUGGCUCUUGCGCCGCGUCUCGCAGCUCGCCAAAGAGUCGGUCAAGAGCAACAUUGGUCUCAUGCUGAACAAUGCACGCACCGCUGCCGAGUGCGCCGUGGAGCUGAGUGCCGUGCUCAAAGAGCCUAUGGACGAGGCGCCGAAGCAGUAUGGCGGCGCCACGCUCGAGGCGCACCAGGCAGCUUGCGAGAUCCUCGUGAUGGGCUGCAGUGCCGUCGACAUUACGGCGCAGUGCACGUCGGAACCAGCGCUUCGGUCGACCGCGCCGGGCCAAGUGAGUUUUUCGCUGGGCGGCGUAGCGCAGAACGUGGCGCGCGCGGCGCACGCCAUGGCGCCGCGGCCAGAUGCCGUGGUCCUCGCCGCACCGUGCAACCCCGACGAUGCGCUCGGCCAGUACAUGCAGGCUGAAAUGGAGCGGAGAGCACUGCGAUGCGAUGCGCUCGUGCAUGUGCCGGGCGGGCGUACGGCCGUGUGCAAUCUUUUGCUGGACGCUGCCGGGGAUCUCGAAACGGGCAUCGCCGAUAUGCAGAUUGUCGAAGCGGCUUUCUCGGGCGAGACGAUCGAGCGGGUGUGGAAGGCACAUGCUACGGAAAAGUUGGCCAUCGUGGCAGCAGAUGCCAAUAUGGCGCCUGCUGCGCUCGCGCGCCUGGCUGCUCUCGGUGAUGAAGCAAAUGUUCCUGUGCUCUUUGAGCCAACGUCUGUCGCCAAGUCGGUCCGCCUGGUCGAGGCACUGCUCCCUCAUGAUCUGCAGGUCCAGUUCGCAACGCCAAACGUGUAUGAACUGGCUGCAAUGGCAGAGCAGGUACCGGUAUCCGGCACAGCUCCGCCUGCUCCCCGUUCGCUCCUGGACGGUAUACCCCAAACGGCAGCCGAAAAAAUCGUCCAGGACGCGCAGAUCUUGUCGGUGCUCGUCCGCACGCAGUUCAUCAAGCUCGGUGCAUAUGGUGUCUUGCUUGCGCACUGUACGAGUGACGCACUCACUUUAUACCACAUUCCCCCGAUUCCCUUGGAUCCAAGCAAGCCACACAACAGCACAGGGGCAGGCGAUACCUUUACCGGCGCCAUUCUCGCCGGAAUCAUCAUUCCGUCGUUUGUUUACCUGUCACAACAGCAGAAUGGUUUUGUUCGUGACCCCAAGUCCGGCGAGUGGUUCUCGGAGGACUCAUACGCACAUGGCAAGAAACCGGCGCAGAUUCAGCAAGGCCACGGGCCCGGCGUCUAUUCCAAUGUUAUGAAGGGGUUCUCGAACCUGUGGAACAUGGGCCACACGACUACCCCCGGUGCGGCGGUGCACACCAGCACGCAGUUUGCGGCACCCACCGCUGCGCCCACGGCGCCCACGGUGCUCGACGAGCCCGAGGUGCAAGGCGCCUACGCACACAAAAUGGCCAAUGCUACCGCCAAGGCCGCGCUCGGCCGCGCUACGUGGCACUUUUUGCACACCAUGACGCUCCGGUUCCCCGAGAAGCCCACAAAACAGCAGUCGGAGGACCUGCGCCAAUUCUUCCACCUUUUUUCCUUGCUAUACCCCUGCGGCGACUGUGCGUCGCAUUUCCAGCAGCUACUGAAGGACCUGCCCCCGCAAGUCGGCUCGCGCAAAAAUGCAGCGCUCUGGCUCUGCAAUGCGCACAAUGCCGUGAACGAGCGGCUGGGCAAGCCAGAGUUUGACUGCCGCCAACUCAACUCCACGUACGAUUGCGGUUGUGGCCCUGAACCUGUCGAACCCCUCGCUUCGAUCCGCCCAGCGGACGCGACGGGCGAAGCGCAUAUCAUGCCCAUUGGAUAG